AUGAAGCCCGUCCUUUUCUUUUCUUCAUUGGUUGCCGUAACUGUACAGACUCUUGCCAAGCAAGAAGUGGUUAGGCAGAUUCCCAAAACCAGAGAUGACUUGCUCGACGAUGUUGGAGCUAUGAAGGCCCCCACAGACGACUUUGAAUUCAGCCCUCUACAAGCAAGCAAUGACGCCUCCAGCCCUCGCUCGAAAUUUACAGAAGAUGCUUCGGAUUACAGAUUCGAAUUAUUCCCCCUCGAAGGAGCAACCUGCUCCACAGCUACGGGAGGGGAGUCUACGUGGCCGAUGGAGCUCUUGAGAGACGGCGGGCUCCAAUACGUUCAGAAGUUCAAGCUCGGCGAGGUGCCAUCUACGAUGGUAGAGGCCUACGACCCCAGCUCCUCUAAUAUCGAGUCGUUCAACGCAGCGUUCGGGCUUCGCUGUACAAAGACGAAGAACAUUCAGAGAUUUUACAUGUUCCAUGAUGAUAACAUUGGCCAUCUGGGAUACGGGGAGGACGAGAUAAACAAAAUCCUGUACAUGUGUUUUAUGAUCGGUCAAGAUAAGGAUGGAGUCCCAGGGAAGCCUCUGGGAUUGGGGUUAUCACAUCAAUUUUUAUGCAGUGUCUACGAGACGUAA